GGAGCACAGUUGUAUAUGGAAAGAAUGUGGGUUCUGUUCUGUGGAGAGUGCUGAGGAGUUGAAGCGCCACGUCUAUUUCCACUGUUACCACACCAAGCUGAAGCAGUGGGGCCGGGGGGUACUCAAGGCCCAGCCCAGCCUCGGCACCUGCACCAUUGGCCUCCACAACCGCAACAUCGUGCCUGACAUCACAGACAACUUAAUCUGCCAGUGGGACCAAUGUGAGCAACCCUCUCUGGUCAACCCAGAGUGGUUCUACCGCCAUGUGGAGAUGCACAGCAUGUGUAUGGACGUACCCUCUGCUGAGAAUGAUACAUUGGUGUGCUGUGGCUGGAAGGACUGCGAGGCCAGGUUUAAAGGGCGUUUUAAGCUGCGGGAGCACCUGUGGAGCCACACUGGGGAGAAGGUGGUGGCCUGCCCAAUCUGUGGAGGGAUGUUUGCCAACAGCACCAAGUUCUUUGACCACAUCAGAUGGCAGACCACAAUCGAGGGUCAGAGGUUCCAGUGCUCCCACUGCUCCAAGCGCUUUGCAACGGAGAGACUACUGAGGGACCACAUGAGGAAUCAUGGUCAGUCCCUUGAACUCCCUUCUUUGUAUUUUCGAUCCCUCCGAUGUCAACAACUACAGACCAGUAUCCCUUCUCUCUUUUCUCUCCAAAACUCUUGAGCGUGCCGUCCUUAG